UGGGUUUUUCGUGUACACAAGACAAUCUCUCCCACAUGUCUCACUUACUUUAAAAUCUUCCAUCACUACCCUUCACUGACUAAAACCAUUAAAUGCCACAUAAUGAAACUCACAUUUUACAUUUACAGCUUCAUAAAAAUCAUUUGAAAACCCAACAAUUGCUCAAUCCCCGCACACAAACUCCUCGAAGAAGAAGAAAAAGAGAAAAAAUGGGCAAGAAAACGAAGCUUCCUUUUCUCUCCAAAAACACAGAGCCAAGGCCAUCAUCAUCAUCAUCUGCAUCAUCAACAUGGCCAUGGCCAUCUUGUACCCAACCCAGAACCCUCUCAUUCCGAGCCGGCCAUGACAUUUUCAAGACUAUAAACUCAGCCUAUAACUUAGAACCAUCACCAACAACAGCCACUGAUUUCAACAUAGCAGCAGACCCUCCAGCUGAUUCGUUCUCCAUAAACUCAUUCGAAUGUGCAAGCUUCUCAACAAUCUCCGAAGACUCCGGACCCGAUCCAAUAGUAGAGGCCGUGACCCGAGGAUUGAGAUCUGAGAGGCUGUUCUUUGAGCCAGGCCGGGAGACCAGCUCGAUAUUGGAAGAAGCUAAAGAAGAAGAAGACGAGCAAGCAAUUCCAUUCAAGCAGAGCGUGGUAUUGUCAAUGGACUCCCGAGAUCCUUAUUUGGAUUUCAAGAGGUCCAUGGAGGAGAUGGUUGAGGCCCAUGGUUUGAAAGAUUGGGAAGGCCUUGAAAAGCUUCUUUGUUGGUAUUUGAAGGUGAAUGGGAAAAGCAACCAUGGUUAUAUUGUUGGAGCUUUUGUUGAUUUAUUGGUAGGCCUUGCAAUUGGUUCUUCUUCUUCUUGUUCUAAUUGUAUUAAUUCUCCUUCUUCUCCUUUAUCUUUUUAUAAUACUAGUACUACUUCUUCUUCUUCAACUAUAACUCCUUGUAUAUCCUCCAAUGAAGCCGAGGAAGAGAUUGAAAGUAGCACUAGUACUAGUACUAGUACUCCUUGUUCAUCUUCCUUAUUAGAAGCUCAUGAGGAAUACAAUAUUAAUGAAGAAGUUGAUGUUGUUAACUCUUAGAUAUGUUUUUGAUUCAUUCAUUAAUGGUGAAAUAUUGAAAAAUACUCUAGUAGUUGAAAUGAUUUGUUCA